GUCCGUUAGUUUAGUUUCGUCAGCCGAUUUGUGACGAUGUCGGCUUUCGUGCGUGACGCUUCUGCUCAGGUGUUCACAGUAAUGUUUGUGCCUCGUUUUUUUAACUUUUGAAUCAACCGGCUCGCAGCAGCAUGGAAAGCUUCAGCCGUUGAAUUUCAAUUCAGGUGCAUCUUAAGCAACAUAAAAUUUACCGGUGGCUAAAGUUGUCCGUUUAGAAGAUCUUGUAUGUUGUAAUUGAUCGAUUCAUGGUAGUGUCUGUGAUUUAAACUUAGUUCUGUACGUUUAAUGAAUGGUGUGACGUGAUCUGGAUGCUUUUUCAUGUGUGGAGAAUAUUUUAUGAAACAUGGCACGUAGAUGAGCCGCGGAAAGGUAAUAAACGAGCGAAUGUAGAAAUACCACAUACAACCGGAUGAAUUUGCGAAUCUUGCUGCGGAACGUCUAGUAGUGAGGCGGUGAAGCGUGAGUGGCCACAAAAGCAGCCGCAGCGGUAAAGGCGAGCGUUCGGUCAGGUAGUGUGAUGCGAAGAUGCCUUUUGUGCAACGUGUAGUGACCCCAAAAUAUGUUGCACGGUCCACCAAACCGUCACACUUACGUGGCACGGUUUCACUUCCAGUUCAGGAUUAUGAACUGGAAACAAUCACCAACCUAACCCUAAGCAAUGCCCUCCGGCAGCUGGCUUCCCUGGUGCUCAUCUCGAACCAGAUUUUCACCGAGCUCAACAAGGAGCUGGCUAGUGUUUGUGAGCGAUCACUCGGGAUAAAGCAGCGGAUCGACAAUCUUUCCAAACGAGUAGAGGAAUUUGACCCAAAGCAAGUCACAGUCCCUGAAAGUGACCUGGUAACGUUCGCUCAGAUCAAAACGCAUCACUGUACAAAGUACCACAUCGACACUAGCCUGUUCACCGCAGAAACCCGCUCGGAAACUCUCCAAGAGCUGUACGAUGCAGCCGCCAAGACUCCGGUUCCGGCCAUCGCCGAAAUGGACCGGCUUGCCGGAACAAACGGAACCGGUCGGCGCAGUUCGGAUGCGUUCCUAUGUACCCCAGUGUUGGGCAAAACGCGACGAAAGCUACGCGCCAAGGUUGAUAUGGAUAUCGAAACGAGACUGCCUUCCGCGGUCGAGGACUUGAGGAAGUGGACCUCGAUCGAAGCCAUCGGUGACGUAACAGUUCCUCCGGAUUGCACCGCGCGACUUGCCGGCAACAGUUCUGCCGUCUCUGGCAACGUCUCGCAAAGUGUUUCACCUUCCUAUCAGGCUGCCAGUAUCAGCGCAUCGUUCGAUGAAACCGAUGACAUCAUCGUUGUGGACAGCAGCUCCAGAGGCUUAGGUCGCGACCAGGACAUACCACUCGAUCAUAGGUUACCUUCGCCGGAGGAACAGUGUCAGAUGAUCGCGCUAAAAUUCCCUGCGGAAACCAUACGAGUGGACACCUCCGGGCGAAGAUUCGAUCGGAUGUGUGCAACCCGGAAGUCCCUGCUACACUUUGUAUCUGCAUCGGAUCAGGCGGAAGCGAAUGCUAUUCAACAGGAUGGAAGCGAUGGCGAUACACUACGGCGGAGAUCCAGACCACGGAGACCACGAGGAAAACGACGAAAUACGAUCGCUGGAACAGACCAAAAGGAAAUCGCCGAAGUGGUUAACAACGGGGAUGAAGCCACUAUCUCCUCUACUAUCUGUACUAACCUGGUGCCUCGUAGCAAAUCAAGCGACAUACUCAAGAAAGAAUCCACAUCUCCCUCAGCAGACAACACCUCCAAACACACCAUAAAAUCGUCACAUUUCAACUCCCUCAAGCAGUGGGGUCGGAACCGGCUACGAAUGAUCAACCGCGACGCAAAGGAUAAAGUUCAGGACAUUGAUGACUUCAAUAUCUCUGAUACAACCAGAAACAGCAAACGUAAAGCGUCCGACAAGGAUGUAAAACUUUCGCACGAACGAAAGCCUUCCUAUUCUUCGUCGGAACGAAGUAUUACUGUGGUUUCCAGCACGACCGGAGCCAGUGGCAGCAUGCCCGCGUCGAUCAAUCCGGUGAAAUUACGCGAAUCGUCAUCGAUUCGCCGCCAACGGCGCACCGCGCUUGGCAACAAAGACGAACCACACUCGUCUAGCGGUAAUUGGAGUGCAAGCUCCGAAUCGGGACGAACGUCGAUUGGUAGCGAAAUAACUACCACUACUCAGCCAAAAUCAAGUGCCUCUAGUACAUCGUUGAAUCACAAUCAUCACACUAUUUCCAGUGGUCCCCCAAGCUCAAUCAUCAGCCGGCGUCGAUUCCUUAAUACUUCUGCCUCUAGUAGCGUCACAAGCGAAGGUACAGCAACACCUGAUCUACAAAUGUACGAUUAUCACGACGAAGGGGGAGAAACAAGCUCCGUGUAUUCGUGCGAUACCGAAGGUUACUAUACAUCCUUUCAUGUAGAUUCUGGUUUGAAGACAUUGAAAGAAGAAGAACCGGCCACUCCGCUGCAUUCAACGACUGCACUGUCGAGUACAACUUCUUUCGAAAGCUCUGGCAAUCAAACGGUUAUAUCACCGGAAAACGAAUAUGAAUUGUUUGGGAAAGGGUCAACAUCCACCACAACUAGCUCAGCGGGAACGAUUUGUACUGUAUUGGCAGAUGGCCAACGCAAUUCCAUCAUCGGACCGGCGGUGCCAGAACGGAAAAGUUCAUUGACGAAACUCAAUCGCAGUAACAGCUCCGCCAGUAACGGAACACUGGAAAGAAGCUAUUCAAGCAGCACCGUCGGAAGCACGUUGGAAAGAACCGGCACCAUUAAAAGAAAUGGUCACUUGCUACAAAAGGAAGUUGCUGCCUUGAUUCACCAAGAGGAGGAGAACAAAAAGAAUCGAAUUGAGUCGCCAGAUAGUGGUAACAACACAAGCUCCUCUCCCAUCGAUUCGAACGCCAAUUCUAGCCCAACCCAACGCAUCAGAAGUUGUUCGGAAUUCGAAUAUUCGGAAUCAUCCGAUCUGGAGUGCGUUGACCGUAUCGAGAGAAUUCGCGAAAAGACAACCAUCAAUACCAGUCGAAUACCGUCGAUGUGCAUAAUCACGCCCACGAACAGUGACGAUGAAAAUGGCUCGCUGAAAAGACGAAAAGAAAAGGUAACCGAUGCAUCACAGAGCGAAUCGUUCGAUUCCAAAAAAGAUUCCACUAGCUUUAGGAAAAACAGUCUUCUCCCGCUGAACAGUAUGUUCGGUAAACUGAGGGGGGUGUUGAAAAAAUCACCCAGCAAGGAUAGCGCCAUAGCGGAAAACGUAAACAAUGACCUAAUUUACGACGUCACCGGAGAGUACGUGCGAAUCGCCGACGUAAAAAGUAGUAAGAAAAAUCCGCACGCUGGUGUUUACUAUUCGAACGAUGUGGUGAAACGCAAUUUAGCUACCGUUCUCUCGGGAAAUCUGAACGAGGAAACCGAGUACGUAUCGUUGAAUGAACUGCCAUGCAACAUACGCUGCGAGAGUAAAAUUCUCUCGACAGAAGGGCAAAGCACCUCUAGCGGAAGCGGAAAAACGAAUGCUGCUAGCAAAACAGAAGGGGUCGCGCAUCAAGGGGAAACGCCCGACAGCGCUACGAAGAGGGGUGCACGCGUGAAACUGGAUGCGCACGGUAAGGUCAUCUACAGUUCGGAUAGUUUGAAGAGGAGAAAAGGUGCGCACACGACCUUCGCGCCGGGUCCAUUCGUCAAAGAUGUAAAUACACCAUCCGUCGCUGGCACAUCCACAGCAAACAUUCCCACGCCAGCCACGGCGAACGAAACAGUACCAAAUUCUGUGUCCGCAAAUAUUGUCAAAAAUGUGGUUGCAUCUCCUCUGCUAAGUGGUGGCCUCACAAACAGAAAAUCGAUUGUAGUUAAACCAGUGAUAUCGCAAUCUACGCUGAAAACGAAAGCAUUUGUAAACAAUAACAGCAACAAUAGUAGCGGCAACCAUCCGGCCGCUUCGCGUAUGGCCCCCGUUGUUACCAUUUUACCGAGCAACGGUGUUACACAGGAAGCAGAAAAAUCAUUCCCAACAACGUCACACAUCAUGUCAUCCGGAGUUCUAAAAGGUGCAUACGUGAAUGUGCAGGAAACAACUAACUCGCCGCCUGCAAGACCGCCCCAUCCGAUAAACUACCCGGAACCGCUAGCAGCCCUCCAACAGCACACAGAUUAUCUACAUUCACCCCGUGAGGAGUAUUCCAACGUGUACGGUUCUCAACCACAUACUUACACGCUUCCCAGGCGUCCCUUGAUGCAAAAGUUAAUGGAACCUGCAACAGGCGGUGUUUCAAUUGCACCAAACGCUCGUUCAAAUUACGCUUAUGCAGGGCCUGGCAACACGGUCAAUAGCUCGUUCCAGCGCGGUAAUGAUAUGUACUGGACACUGCAGACAAGGCGCAGGCCGGUACCGGCAGUUCCUGCGGUCGCGCGGGAUGAUGUGAAGCUCACGCAACCGAACAACAGACCUAUAGAAGAACUAUAUUCCACUCCAAACAAGAUAAAAUCUAACAAUCUGAAAACAACACCAACAGGCUUCGCCGCUUACUUCUCACCAAUCGCCAAACAUAACGCCGCAAGUCUUGGUGAUGAACCCGACAGUAGUUUAAAGAUUUCACCAAUCGAUCCUCGCAAUUCGGCUACCUUCAAAACGUCAACGCCGUCCAAACCAAACGAGAUUUCUUUAUCUCCGACACGGGCAACACUUUCCGAGGAACUGCGGUACAAGCUACGGCUGCAGCAGGUUGGUGUGCGCUCACAUGGAAAUUCUCCGGUAAGCUCCGGUCGCUCAACACCCAAGAACGUAUUGGAAGCUCAAACACCUCGCGGACGACAUAGUUGGGCAUCUAACAGUACGGACAUCCCACAGACCUGUUCGGAUCGGCUGGGCACUCCGAAAACGAGUCUAAUGGAUUUCAAAAAAUUACUUCUCGCUCAUGGAUCUAAAUCUAGCAUAGCGCCCACAAAUAAAAUCUCUGCCGUUGAGUUGCUCAAAAAGUCCAAAUCAAACAACAUUGUACCUAAACCUGCUGUCCCAGUUGCCAAAACACCCAUCAACAACAACCUAAAUAUUUUGGAUCUUUCCGGGUCUCCCAAAACUUUUGCAACACGUCGCAUGAUUCGGCAAGGCAACUUCGGCACUAGUUCGCCAUCCAAGCUUGGAAAUACGUCCAAACUGUCUUCUCGUGGAGGAUGGCGAUGCAGCAACAUGCGAAGCGAGGUAAUGUCCACUACUAUUCCAGAAGCGAACAGCGAAGAGGAUAAUUCUAGUCCUAACAAUUCGACGUCCGUUAGCCGGUCACAAUCGCAGAGCCGCAAUAGUACUCCUUCGAACAGUGUAACCGAAGUAACUUCACCGGUUGAAUCGGUUGAGUACCGGAACGUGAUUGAGGAGAAAGUUUCCAACAUCAGAGAUAACAUAUUUCUGCAAGAGGAUGAAAACAAUUUCAUGAAAGGGGAGAUCGCUCCCAUCGUUCAGAAGCUCAGCUCACCGGCUACGACGCGAGCUCAGCUGCAGGCCCAGAGAGCACAAUUCUUGAGCAAUAACAGUCAUAUCAGGUCGGCCACUUUUAAAGAUGGUCACUACACUGGGAUGAGCGCUUUUGUUUCGAGCCCACCGAAGUUCAACGAGAUCAAUCACAACGAACCGGAAGCGAAAGACGACCAUAAUCGAGAUUCUCCUAAAUCAAGUGCUCCAUCCUUGGAAACUGCUCUCUAAACAUUUACGCGUAUUGCAUAUAUUUAUACCCAACAAGUAAUGGGUACAUGCCAAACAUAGAAACUUUACCGAAACUAUUUUGAAAAUAUUGAUCGAAAAAGAUUUCAGUAUAUCAAGGCAAUACAGAAGUCGGUGUGCAUAAAAGAGGCUUAUUUCGGACUGAUGCUUCAUACUUACAACGCGAGUCUCUGCCACUUUAGGUUAAUUAUCGAUAAUUGCUAGUGAAAAAGAAAGUAAAACAUAUUCAUCAAUUGUUGUUUUAAAAUGAGAAGCAUAUGAAAAGCAAGCAAGUUGCUAUCCUGCCUUUAUUUGUGGUAGCUUCGGUUUCUGCAACAAACUGCAUUUCAUAUAAGGAAGCUCUGUCGUAUCGUCAUAAAAAUCAAAAAAUAUCGAAGAAAAUUUUUAAUUUUUCAACAUGUACGAAAGCGCAUUUUCAAGGAAGUACUGACGAAUCUUGAUGCCUUUAUACAAAUUAGACAGUUCUUUCAUGUUGGUUGGUUAAUUAUUUAUAACUUAUUUAUUGUGCUUCUUUACACAAAGGAUAUAAAAGACAGUAAACAGUGAGUAUUUAUCACGAAGAAAUGCUAAUUUUUAUAUUUUAUACAAUACAGAUAUUGCUGCACUAUAAUAAAACAUAUGAGUAUAAAAACUGGAACAAUAUUUCUACAUACACGCGUUGCCAGAUUGUCAAACUAGAGCCAGAUUAUUAUCGUUAGCUGUGUAAAUGCAAACCAUUUUAAGUACCUAUGUCGGCUCUCUGUCCUGGUAAAGUUCAGAACCAUAUGGUCAAAUUCACCUAAAGCAUACUUAAGCAAUCAAACAACGUCCAAACAAGAAAUACACUCUCCCUGUAGUAACAUGCUAGAAACAAAUACCAAUUCUUCGCUAGUUCGGUGCAAAUCAAUCCAUUUAUAUUAUUUAUAUCCAAAUUGUUUUCUCAUCGUUUUCAACCGUAUUUGGAACCAGUUUAAGCUUAAUUUAUUCUAUAUAUUUAAUUGGAAAUAAACAAAAACGAUUUGUUGACAGUA